AUUCCUGUUGUUUUCCCCCGGUACAAUAACGGAAACGCGGAUAUCAUUGUCAUAACUGCCUAAAAGGGUAUAUUGACAAUACAAUACGUGUCAUUUCCUUUCUGGGUCGUGCUUUCCUAUCACAACCCGGGCGGAAUGACAGACUCCGCCGCUGCACCGGACCAAACGGAGAAGGAGAAGUGGGGAAGAGUCCUCCUUUGUGGUGGUACAAACUGGCUCGCUCUAGGGAAGAAGGGCCUUCCCGCUGAUCCAGAAUAUCCCGACUUGCCCUUGCCCCACACGCUUCGCUCACUGUCCAACGUCAAAGCUACUGGAGUAUACACCUCUCACUCAGGAUGCCACGUGAUCGUUCUCGAUGUCGCCGGCGCUGCCUACCUCUUCGGGCGAAAUACCUCGUCCUGCCUAGGCGUCCCACACACCUCCCGCCCCUUCAUCUCCCAGUACACCCCCCUCCGCUUACUCCCGACCGACGUCGGUGCUGCCCCUGGUACAAAGUUCGUAUAUGCGGCUUGUGGGCGCGCACAUAGCGUGCUCGUAGGGGACGAGGGGAGCGUCUGGACCGCGGGGCUCAAUGCGCAUGGGCAGUGUGGGCAUCCUGCGGGGGGAGAGAUGGGUACGUGGAAGCUCAUCACCGGUGGGUGGGCGAGGGCCAAAGUCGGAGAGAAAGCAGUCCAAGCUUCUGCGGGAGUCAAUUUCACCCUCGUUCUGACUGAGAACGGGAAGGUGUAUGCGUUCGGCAGCGGAGAGCACGGGCAGCUCGCGAACGGACGGACAGGGGAGCGGAUCGCCCAGGCAAACAAGACGACGUACGACAUUGAGGAUGAACCUAUACCGGUCAGGGGUCCUCUCGAAGACAAGGUGACCACCCAGGUCGCCUGUGGACAACAGCACGCGAUAGCCCUGACAUCGGACGGACUGGUCUACGUCUGGGGCUUCAACGGUUACUGCCGGCUCGGCCUUGGCCAUCCGAAGGACAUGCUUAUUCCCACCCUGGUACCUCAAUAUGCCGGCCCGAACGUCCUUAUGCGCGCCGCAUUCGUAGCUGCGGGACCGACGAGCACGAUCGUUAUCGAUCGUCAGAAGAUGCUCCAGAUGGCGGGAAAGUUUAAGACGAGCGGAGCGGGCAGCGUCGGGCAGCCAUUUAGCACGUUCAGGUAUUUCCCUGAGAUUCAAGGGUGCAAGGUCCUCCUAGCCGCUGCGGGUGGUGUGACCCAUUUCGCCACCGCCGUGGACGAGGACGCUGGCCCAGGAGGCGUAAUGACGAUUGCCUGGGGGCAGAAUGCGAUCAACUCCGAGCUCGGACUAGGUGAAGGGCAGCCAAAGUCCACUCCCAAGCCCGUGCGUAUGGAAACACUCAACGGAAUCGACGUGUUUGCCCUUGCCGCUGGACAGAACACCAGUUUCUUCCUCGCCCGGCCGAACGAGGCGUUGCUUGACCUCCCUAGGUUUCCCGACGCUGUCCCUGCCCCGAAUCUCUGUGUGGUGUGUAACGAAGACCGGGAAGCGAGCGGGGAGGAAGCGCUCGAGUGCGAGAAGUGUGAUACGCCUUAUCAUUUGGGCUGCCUCGACCCGCCGCUGAAGAGUAUCCCCGAGGGACAGUGGUUCUGCCCUAAGUGUGCGAACGAGUUCGAGGACGUCCUCCCCCUCCCCGGUGCGAAGAAGUCGGCCGGGCUACCAAAAGCGGACGAAGAGCCGAAGAAGAAAGGUAGGUUAGCGAAGAGGAAGGCCGAGGAUGAGGAGGGAGAUGGAGGUGGGGGAGAGGCGAAGAAAGCUAAGGUUGCGAAGAAAUGAGCGGGAAAUGACCUUGUAGCAUGGCUGUGUGUUUAGGUGGGUUGAUCUGUGGAAAGGAGGUUCGUUCUCUUCCAGUCCGGUUUAUUCAUGUCCUCGUUGUAUUACUGUAACCUUUCCCGUGCAUAAUUCUUGUUCUUCCACUCGUUGUCGUCUAUAGCCCGCUGCGUUCCUAACGACGCCUUUAUU